UGUCAAGACGAAUUCGAAAAUUAAGUUACGGUUGUGUUUAAAAGAUAUAGAAUUUUAGAAUACAGAUUUUUAUUUCGUGUCAUUAAACAGUCAAAUGAAAAGUUAAGAACUUACAAAACGUUGAGUAAAAUGGAAGAUUUCGAUGUAUUCACAAAUAAAAUACAUAUCACGAAGCCUAUUUACAAGAAUAUAUUGAACAAAUUCGCUAAGGAUAUACCUGUGACUCCAUUUGGCCCAAAUUAUCAGAGUGCGAGAAAAUUGUUGGCUGAACAAUGUUUGAUGGACGGUGACGAAGCUGGAUGUGCGUUUCACUUCAGUGAAUCAGUGUUUGCUACUUUAAGGACCAUGGCAAUUUAUAGGGACGAGCAGAUAAAAUUAGCCAAUGACAACCUAAGAAAGAUAACAAGUUACAUAAAACCUGUACAAGAAAUAAUUGAAGCUAAUCCAAAGACUGAUGACCAAUUAAUUGAUAACUUAAUUAAAAUAAAUGACAUAGAUGUAACGGGAGUUUUAGACUCGAUCAAAACAGACGACGAGCUACCAUUUCACCAGAGAUACUUGAAAUUCAGCUCUGAAAAUAAUAUUGACAACUUCAGGAGGAUACUGAAGGAAUUGCCAAAAGAAUGGACAGUAAUACAAUUGACCGCACCGUACAAUCCUAAUGAAAAUUUGAAGCAAAUGGAUGAGUUCAGAACAGAGGUGGAUUCGAUAUAUUUAAGCGUUUUCACUAAUGAUUAUUUAGAUGACAGUGAUUUGGGUCCAUUUACUAUAAACAUUCCAGCUAAUCAACACAAAGAAGGCGAAAGACCACUGUUCACGGAACUGUACUCGUUGUUGGACGAAAACUACAAGACCAUCGAGAACGCGCAGUUCCUCAACAACAAGAGGCUCGUGCAGGACUACUGGGCCAAGCGGGAGGACAUUGACCUCAGAAUGAAGAGUGUAAUUAACGUGAUGGACAAGGAAUGGCUCGGCGGAUGGGGCAGCUUGCUGACUGGUAAACUUAUUGAUACGAAAUGGAAAGAAAAAAUCAAGAGCACAGUACAGAAUACCGUCUCUGACUGGGGGUUAAUGGGACUAAAUGAGAAGCAAAUGAUACUCUUGUACAAUCUCAUGGAGAGUUGCCCGGUGUUGUCAUCGCAACAGCUAAAAUCGUGCAUAAGGAAAAUCCUGACGGAACACGGCAACACCGAACGUUUCAGACAGACGCUGACGUGCUGCGAAAGUUGCAGCAAAGAUUUUAAUUUACUGAACGAAUUGUGUCUGAAAUGUUUGUCGAAAUGCUUCGAGGCCGUCCACCAUUUUACGUUGGUCGACGCGAUACGAGCGUUUUCUCAGCUGGCAACUCAGAUAAAGGACUGCAACGAGUGGGCAACACUGAAGAAAGCUAAACGACACCCCGUCAUAUUGAUUGUUGAUGAGGCGCUGGACACGUUCCCGUGGGAGAGCACGGCGGCGCUGCGCGAGCACCCCGCGUCCCGGAUGGAGAACAUCCACUUCCUGUACCACCUGUACAAGCUGCACGAGGGACGCGUCGCGGCCGGGCACUACGUGGCGGGCGGGGGCGUCGGCAGAUACGUCAUUAACCCAGAGAAGAAUUUAGACCGAAUGGAGAAGAGAAUGAAGUCGUUUGUGGAGUACUGGUGCGAGUCGUGGCGCGGCUGCACGGGCUGCGCCCCCACGCCCGAACAGUUCAUAGAGUACUUGAACGAGGCAGACAUAUUCCUGUACUGCGGCCACGGCGACGGGUGUCGAUGUGCGGGGGGCGGCUCCGUGGUGGAGGGGGGCGGCGCUCGCGGGGUCUGCGUACUCGCGGGCUGCGGCUCGGUGCGCCUGUGUCGCACGCAGCCGCGCCGACCGCCGCGCGCCGCGCACCUGCAUCUGCACGUCGCCGGCAGUCCAAUGGUGGUCGGCAUGCUGUGGGAGGUGACCGACCUAGAAGUGGACAAGGUGGUGACGACGAUGAUGUCCCUGUACGUGCCGUCCCGACAGGCGCUGCCCUGGUCGGCCGUGGGGAAAACUAAAUGGAGCCAGGGGAUUAUCGAUGUGAGCCCGCCCGGCUGCCCGGCCCGGCCGCCGCACGAGCCGCAGCUGCUUCGCGCGCUGGGCGCCGCCCGGGCCUCCACCAACUUCAUCAUGAUCGCCAGCAGCGUGGUGGCCAGGGGGCUGCCCGUCAAGAACUACCAGUGACGUGACGACUCCGUGUAUUUUGACAUAUGGCAAGUUUUGAGAACUGUCACAUUUGACACUUCGACCUGACAGUGGUGCUUGUUUAAUUAAAAAUAUUAAAACGAAAUGUCAAAAAAUGAAUAAAAUGAAAAAUAUUGAAAUGAAUUUUAGCGGUA